AUGACCGCAAUCACGCAAAAUCUUCCUUGGUUCAUAAAGGACCUCGGAAUCUCAAUAGUGGGCAAGGAAUGCUACACGUCACUGGUCGAAAACCUCGACAUAACCGACGUGAAAUGCCUAAAAUAUUCGCUCUCUAAAGGACUGGGUAUCGGGAUUGUCGUGGGCGGGUCCAUCAUGAAAGUACCCCAAAUUCUCCUCAUCGUCAACGCGAAGUCAGCUCGCGGUCUAUCUUUACCAGCGUACAUACUAGAAACGCUCUCAUACGCCAUAACGCUCGCAUAUUCCUUCCGACACCAGUUUCCCUUUUCCACGUACGGCGAAAACCUGUUCUUGACCCUCCAAAACACUAUCAUCACCCUUCUUAUCAUCUACUACGCGCCGGUUCGCGGAGCUCUCACACAACGCCAAGGAGGCAAGACUCAACAGCUCGCCGUAGCGUCUCUCUUCACUCUCGCAACGGCGUUUGCGUUAUACACGCUUCCCAUCUCCACAAUCGCUCUUCUCCAAGUGACGACUCUUCCAUUGUCGUUAUUCUCCAAACUACCGCAAAUCCGACAAAACGCUCGGGCACAAAGUACGGGGCAGCUCUCCGCCUUCGCCGUCAUCAGCCAAAUCGCAGGGUGCCUUGCCCGACUCUUCACCACCGCGACCGAAGUCGGCGACUCGCUGGUCGCAGCAGGGUUCGCCCUCGCGCUUCUACUCAACCUCGUGCUCGGUGCGCAACUCUGGAUGUACUGGGGUCAAGUAGGCGACGUCAAGGACGAGUUUGGGCUCCGCGAGCGUUCGGAAUACAAGGAAAAGGAAAGAGCCUCGCCUGUGCCUGCCUACCCCCCAGCGGCGUGGGAGGCACAAGGCCAACCGCCGAUCUAUCAACCCACUGCAACGAGAGCUACGGGUAGCCCGGGCCCAGCGGGUCACCGUGUCGCCACGCCUCCACCACGCACACCAUCGUCCGCAGGAGGGAGAAAAUGGUCUCGGAAGGUGGAUUAA